ACUGGUCGGGGAAAGCUGGUGAGCAAGAGUCUGGCCCGAGUUGGCUGGAGCUGUUGCCAUGACAAGCAUUUUCUCAAGAAAGCUCUGCUGUUGAGACUGUUCAAAGCUGGGGUUUGGGUGGCGGGGGGAGGCACGAACUUCCUGGGGAACCAUCCCUCCGAAGAGAGCAAGAUCAGAGACUCCCGCCCAGCUCCCCUGCACCCUUUUUCUUCUGGAACCUGAGAGGUCCUUCCUAUUGGAAGGACGCGGGGGGGAAGAGACCCAGCCCACUCCCCGGCCGUAGCUGGAAAGGCAGGAGAGCAAAGCCAGCAUCUCUAGCUUGUUUGCCACACUGGGGAGACCGGUGGGUGGUCACCCACCCUAUCCCCAUCCAUGGAAACCUGGAGGGAGAGUCCCGCUUGGAGAAACCUGGAUCUUUGCUAGAAAGAGAGAUCCAGUUGUCGUUGGGAUCCAGGAAGCCUUCCUUUUCUUCCUCCUCAUCCUGCUGCCUCUCUACCACCACAGUUGCUGGUUGUUGCUAAGGUUGCUGCCAUGGUAACGUGUACAUCCUGUUUAUACCUCCAUCUGGACAAGUUGGUCUAAGCUAGGAACCUACCUACCCUGGACAACCACUUCCAUCACCACCUGAGACCACCAAUCAUCGUGACACAAAGUCCGUCAUCCACUCAGUUCCCCCAUCUUCUUCCCUUUUCGCUGCCAGGCUUCAUACAGAAGAAAGGAUCUAGGCUUGGGAUUGCCACUCUGAAGCUUAUUGCACAAGAUAUAUUUGAUCUAUUUCCUAACUGGGUCCCCAGAGAAACAAGAAGUAGGAAGAAGAAACGUAGGAGAAGCUGAUCAGUUAAAGGGAAACUCCACAUCUUCUCUGGUUGAGGGGCUUGGUAACAGCAAACAAAAUGACGAACCCAGCAGAACAAACCAUGCAGGCCAACUCGAUCCGCGAAGGGGACAUCAGCUGCACGGUAAUGGAACUAAGAAAGCUCAUGGAGCUGCGUUCACAUGAUGCACUGACCCAGAUUAAUGACCACUACGGAGGAGUACAUAAUCUCUGCAGUAGACUGAAAACCUCCCCUGUGGAAGGUCUAUCUGGAAACCCUGUGGAUCUAGAGAGGAGGAGGCAGUUGUUUGGACAGAAUGUGAUACCCCCGAAAAAGCCCAAGACCUUCUUAGAAUUAGUGUGGGAAGCCCUUCAAGAUGUUACGCUCAUCAUCCUGGAGAUCGCAGCCAUCAUCUCCCUGGUCCUGUCCUUCUAUCGUCCGGCUGGUGAUGACAGUAAACAGUGUGGUCAAAUUGCAACUACCCCAGAAGACGCACAGGAGGCAGAAGCUGGCUGGAUCGAAGGGGCAGCCAUCCUGUUCUCAGUGAUCGUCGUGGUGUUAGUGACUGCCUUUAAUGAUUGGAGCAAAGAGAAGCAAUUUCGGGGGCUGCAGAGCCGCAUUGAACAGGAGCAAAAAUUCUCCAUUAUCCGAAAUGGUCACCUCAUCCAGCUUCCUGUGGCUGAGAUCGUGGUGGGUGAUAUCGCUCAAGUUAAAUAUGGUGACCUGCUACCUGCAGAUGGGAUCCUGAUCCAGGGGAAUGACCUGAAGAUUGAUGAAAGCUCUCUGACAGGAGAAUCAGACCAUGUCAAGAAGUCUGUGGAAAGUGACCCCAUGUUGCUCUCAGGAACCCAUGUCAUGGAAGGUUCUGGCCGGAUGGUAGUGACUGCUGUGGGUAUCAACUCCCAGACUGGAAUCAUCUUUACUCUGUUGGGGGCCAAUGAGGGUGAGGAAGAGGAGAAGAAGAAGAAAGGUAAAAAACAAGGAGUCUCUGAAAAUCGCAACAAAGCAAAGACCCAGGAUGGAGUGGCCCUGGAAAUCCAGCCACUCAACAGCCAAGAGGGAAUCGACAGUGAGGAGAAGGACAAGAAGGUAUCCAAGGUGCCUAAAAAAGAGAAGUCGGUGCUGCAGGGCAAGCUGACUCGCCUGGCUGUUCAGAUUGGGAAAGCUGGUCUGAUCAUGUCCACGAUCACCGUUUUCAUUCUAAUUUUAUACUUUGUGAUUGACAACUUUGUGAUACAAGGCAGAACAUGGCUAUCUGAGUGUACUCCCAUCUACAUCCAGUACCUGGUCAAGUUCUUCAUCAUUGGCGUCACGGUACUGGUGGUGGCUGUGCCAGAGGGACUGCCACUGGCUGUCACCAUCUCACUGGCCUAUUCUGUGAAGAAAAUGAUGAAAGACAAUAACCUGGUACGACACUUGGAUGCUUGUGAGACGAUGGGCAAUGCCACGGCUAUUUGCUCUGAUAAGACAGGCACGUUGACCAUGAACCGCAUGACUGUGGUACAAGCUUAUAUUGGGGGCACCCAUUACCGUCAGAUCCCAAGCCCUGAUAUCUUCCUGCCCAGGGUCCUGGAGUUGAUUGUCAAUGGCAUUUCUAUCAACAGUGCUUAUACCUCCAAGAUUCUGCCUCCAGAGAAGGAGGGAGGCCUGCCGAGGCAGGUGGGCAACAAGACUGAGUGUGCUCUGCUGGGCUUUGUCACGGAUCUGAAGCAGGAUUACCAGGCAGUGCGUAAUGAGGUGCCCGAGGAGAAGUUCUACAAAGUGUACACCUUCAAUUCGGUGCGCAAGUCAAUGAGCACGGUCAUCCGGAGCCCCACUGGUGGCUUCCGAAUGUUCAGCAAGGGCGCCUCCGAGAUCAUUUUGCGCAAGUGUAACCGGAUCCUGGACCAGAAAGGGGAAGCAAUGCCAUUCAAGAGCAAAGACCGAGAUGAUAUGGUACGCACUGUCAUUGAGCCCAUGGCCUCAGAGGGACUCCGGACUAUCUGCCUAGCUUACCGGGAUUUUGAGGAUGGAGAGCCCUCCUGGGACAGCGAGAAUGAAAUCCUCACUGAACUGACCUGCAUCGCAGUGGUGGGCAUUGAGGACCCUGUGCGCCCAGAGGUACCGGAAGCUAUUGCCAAGUGCAAACGAGCUGGCAUUACUGUAAGGAUGGUGACAGGUGACAACAUCAACACAGCCCGGGCCAUUGCCAUCAAAUGUGGCAUUCUGACACCUGGGGACGAAUUCCUGUGCUUAGAAGGCAAAGAAUUCAACCGACUCAUCCGCAAUGAGAAGGGCGAGGUAGAGCAAGAACAGCUGGACAAGGUCUGGCCUAAGCUUCGGGUCCUGGCACGAUCAUCCCCUACUGACAAGCAUACACUGGUGAAAGGCAUCAUUGACAGCACCAUUGGGGAACAGCGGCAGGUGGUGGCUGUCACUGGUGAUGGCACAAAUGAUGGGCCUGCUCUGAAGAAAGCAGAUGUUGGUUUUGCCAUGGGUAUCGCAGGCACAGAUGUCGCCAAGGAAGCUUCAGACAUCAUCCUAACAGAUGACAACUUCACCAGCAUUGUGAAGGCGGUGAUGUGGGGACGAAAUGUCUAUGACAGCAUCUCCAAGUUCCUGCAGUUUCAGCUCACUGUCAAUGUCGUGGCUGUGAUUGUGGCCUUCACUGGAGCCUGUAUCACUCAGGAUUCCCCAUUGAAAGCUGUGCAGAUGCUGUGGGUUAAUCUAAUCAUGGACACUUUUGCUUCAUUGGCCCUGGCCACAGAGCCCCCUACAGAUUCUCUAUUGAAGCGUCGCCCCUAUGGCCGAAAUAAGCCUCUGAUCUCACGUACUAUGAUGAAGAAUAUCUUGGGCCAUGCAGUCUAUCAGCUGACUGUCAUCUUUUUCCUUGUCUUUGCUGGUGAGAAAUUCUUUGACAUCGAUAGUGGGAGGAAGGCACCUCUGCAUGCACCCCCCAGCCAACACUAUACCAUUGUUUUCAAUACCUUUGUGCUGAUGCAAAUUUUCAAUGAAAUCAACUCCCGAAAGAUCCAUGGAGAGAAGAAUGUCUUUUCAGGCAUUUACCACAACAUCAUCUUCUGCACUGUGGUUUUGGGCACAUUCAUCAGCCAGAUUCUCAUUGUGGAAUUUGGGGGUAAACCCUUCAGUUGUACAAAGCUCAACCUGUCCCAGUGGUUGUGGUGUCUCUUCAUCGGAAUUGGAGAACUUAUCUGGGGUCAGGUCAUCUCUGCAAUACCUACCCAAUCCCUGAAGUUCCUGAAGGAGGCUGGGCAUGGCACUGCCAAAGAGGAAAUCAACAAGGAUGCUGAGGGGCUGGAUGAGAUUGACCACGCAGAGAUGGAGCUGCGCCGAGGCCAGAUCCUCUGGUUCCGAGGCCUGAACCGUAUCCAGACUCAGAUCAAGGUGGUCAAAGCGUUCCAUAGUUCCCUCCACGAAAGCAUUCAGAAACCCAAAAGCCAGAACUCCAUCCACAACUUCAUGAUCCACCCUGAAUUCGCCAUUGACGAGGAGUUGCCACGAACACCACUGCUGGAUGAGCAAGAGGAAAAUAAUCUUGACAAGGUUUCUAAGGGGACUGGGGUGCUCCUGUUGGAUGGUGAGGUCACGCUAAAUGCCAACAAAAACAACAACGUGGUGGAUUGCAAUCAAGUGCAAAGUGUUGCCUCCCACUCGGACAGCCCUCUCCACAGCCUGGAGACAUCAGUUUGAAUUUUCAUUCUCUGACUCCCAUCCCUACUUUCUCUAUUUCUUUUAUCAUCCAUUCCAUCUGUAAGAUGAUGAUGGAACUUUUCAUUGUCAUGUCAGCUGCUCCCAAGUGUGUGUGAACUCCCACCUGACCAUGAAGAGACAUGAAUGUGGACCUACAAGGAUUUCAACCGAAGCUCGAGUUGGGGUUUGUAGCAGGACCCAGUCAAACCCCAGGCAGGUUAAGGCAGACUCUCUUCCUGCGUAUAUCGGUUGCAUCAUUUUUAAAGAAAUGACAACAGUCCUCUUGGCGUCAUCCCAACCUCAAUUCCCCCCCUGUGUUCAUAGGUGACAUAGGUCGCCAUCUCUGACUUCUGGAUUUUAGUUGAAUUCUGUUAAUCUUUGCUGUUUAUACACUAAGUUGAGGGUUCAGAGAGAGAAAAUAUCCCGAAAUGAAAUUUGCUGAAUAGGGAUGGAAUGUGUAAAAUCAGCCAGUAGUGUGAUUGUUUUUAUAACAAUUUCUCCCAUUUUGAGAACUUACACCCAUAGGCCUCUAGUUCUUUCUGCCCUCCCAGUCAAACCUCCCCCAGGUUCCUUUGGCC